UCUCUCUCUCCCUCCCUCUCUCUCUCUCUCUAGGGUGCUAAUGUACAAAAUUCCAUUAGAUAUUUAUUCCAAAAUACUUUUCAAAAACAAUUACGAGACACUCUGGCGGAGCUAAUGACUGAGAACGGCUGGUUAACUUCCAUAGAACAAGAUGCUCUUGAGUUUUUAAAAAUGUUAGAGACGUACUAUCCUACCUACGUCUAUGAGACUGCAAAGAUGAUCUAUAACAGCUCCAGUGACCACUCGUACCAGCCACCAGUGUCCACUCUAUCACCAGUGAACAACACUGGGAAUGUACUGAACAUGUACCCGGAGACAUUUGGAGGAGAUCACCCACUAGUAUGGGAACCAGUCUCCAAUCCUCUAUCUCCAGCCAGUGAGUCACAGAGGGGACUGUAUCUUGAGACUCCACUGGUAUCAGUUCUGAGGUGGAACAAUGAAACGAGACAGAGGAUACUGUUUGAUGCUGUCGUCAUAUCAGGAACAAACAAAGAUUCAGUUCAGAGUCAUAGGCUAGUAUCCCCAGAGGAUCAGUUCAGUUAUUAUUUAUUACAUCAUGACUUGGACACUGCUCAGUCUCUCCUACCCUCUCUCUCUCACCAAACCUCUCACUCUCUCAUCUCAGCCUCUUCAUGUAACAUGAUAGUUAUGGAAGUGACAAGAGGAAGAGCAGCAGUGAGUCCUUACCUUCUCCUCCUCCCAUUCCUCCUGAUCAACUGGAUGCAGCUGUUAACCUUCUCUCAUCAAUAAUAAAGUAAAUUAU